GUGAGGACGGACAGUGAAGAUGGAGCUGCACAUCCAACUAUUCUCACCUGUCUUUGACCAAAAAUGAAGAUCUUGCCAAAUAUUUAAUAGUUUGGAGGAUUAUAAAGGACAAUGUUGAGAUUCGGCAUGCAGUUGUGGAUGCUGUGGUUGCUUUAUGCAGACACCGUGUUUACUGAGGACAUCAGUGGAUGUGAACAGCAGCCAUGCCAAAAUGGUGGCAUAUGUGAGAGCCACAGUGGAGGCUUCAGAUGCCUUUGCUCCCUUCAGAGUCAAAACGGGCGACUGUACGGUGGGGAGAACUGUGCAAUUGCACUUACAGGCUGUGAUGAGAACCAGUGUGAGAAUGGAGGAGUAUGUUCUCCCUUAUUUGUGAAUGAUCAGCACAGUUACACAUGCAUCUGCCCCGCUGGCUACACGGGCCCUAAAUGCCAGACUCCCACUGUUUUCUCAUUCGAGUCCAGGGGCUACAUGUACAUAGAGACACAGCUGCUAGACCAAGAAGCUCCUCUUAAUGUCACCUUCAGCUUCAGGACGGGACAACCAGUUGGCACUCUCUUACAGCGUAGGGUGGACAAUCUGCUCCUCAGCAUCGAGCUGAUGCGCGGGCACCUCUGCCUCCUCAGCCUGAGAGGCCAGGGCUCCAGCACGCUGGUUCAAGAGCUUCCAGGGCAUUUGUCUGACAGUAAGUGGCACACAGUGGAGGCAUCUCUGGGCGGCGUGGUCAGUCUCAUCAGGCUGCUAUGCACUGAAGGAAGCUGCACCAGAGAGUCCAACGCUGAAGUCCAGCUGCUCGAACAAGCCUCUGCUCUCCCCGAGCCAGGAGCAGUUCAUCAGAGCCUCUUCAUCGGAGCAGUCAGUGGGAAGUGGACACUGGGCAGGGACGUGGAUGAAGCAGGCUACCCUCCUGCUUUUCUGGGCUGCUUCAGAGAUGUGUUUGUGGACUCACGGCUGGUGUUGCCGGUUAUAGCGCCAGAAGGUUCAGGCAUCCAGGCAAACAUCACCGUGGGGUGCAGUGACAAAGACAAGUGUGACGACAGCCCGUGUCAGAACCGAGGUCGCUGUGUUAGCCAGGGAUGGAGGAGCUACCUUUGUGAAUGCCAAAGGCCAUAUGAGGGAAACAACUGUGCAGAGGAAUAUAUCACAGCAAGGUUUGGAAACAAAGACCUGGAGAGUUAUGCUGUAUUCUCAUUAGAUGACGAACCAGCUGAUACUCUGAUUAUAUCUAUGUUCAUCCGCACCAAACAGUCCAGUGGCCUCCUCCUUAUCAUGACUAACAGUACGAGCCAGUACCUCCGCCUGUGGCUGGAAGAGGGCAGGAUCAAAGUUCAGGUUAACAACUUUGAGACCCUGGUCGGUCGGGCUGCGGUCAAUGACGGUCAUUUCCACCCGGUGACUCUGAAGCUGGAAGGAAUGGCAGCCACCUUGUUCCAGUCAGCCCAAAACCAGGGCUCUAUGCCCAUCAGGCUCAUCCAAGUCGGUCCUGGGGAUAUGGUUUAUGUUGGAGGGCUACCAGACUCUAGGGCCUCGGCUUCUUUUGGCGGGUACUUUAAGGGAUGCAUCCAGGAUCCCAGGAUCAACAGCAAAAGACUGCAGUUCUAUCCAAUAGCAACUCCAGUAGAAUCGUUCAACCUAGAGCAGCUAAUCAGUGUUGCAGAAGGAUGCAGCAGCGACAACACCUGUGAUGUCAACCCCUGUCUUAAUGGGGGAGUGUGUUACUCCAUGUGGGAUGAUUUCGUUUGCAACUGCCCCCCCAAUACUGCCGGGCAUCGCUGUGAGGAGGUGAAAUGGUGUGAGCUGUUUCCCUGCCCUGCUGCUGCCACUUGUCAGCCCCUUUCUCAGGGUUUUGAAUGCUUGUCUAAUGUGACAUUUCGGCUUGGAAGCAGCAUUUUACACUACCGGAGCAAUGGAAAGAUCACUCGCAGCCUCACCAGUGUCUCCCUCAGUUUCCGCUCAAGACAGUCUGCUGCUACGCUACUGCAUGCACACAAGGACUCAAACUACCUCACGCUCUCUCUCCUAAACUCUCAUUUGGUCAUGGAGCUCCAGGUUGGGGAUGACAAGUACAAGAUGUCCAUUCAAAGCCAGAGUCAGGUCAGUGAUGGAGAGUGGCACAGUGUGAAGCUCAGCAUGGCGACCGGGGCAUCAACCUCCAGCUGGAUCAUGGCUGUGGAUGGAGGACAGGAGGGAAUAAGCACGGCCCAAACAGCUGUGAGGGACCUGGAGUUUCUUAGCAAGGAAGCAGAUAUCUUCCUGGGUGGUCUAAACCUGGACACUGGAGUGGAUCUGUCUGGCUGUCUGGGUCCUGUUGCGAUUGGGGGGCUUCUUCUCCCUUUCCUCUUGGACACAGAGCUGAACCUCCCCAGACCUCAGGAGGAGCAGUUUGUGAGGAUAAACAACAAUGUUGCUCCACAGUAUGGCUGCUGGGGAGCCAGCGUUUGCACGCCUAACCCUUGCAGGAACGAGGGUGUCUGCAAGGACCUGUUCGACCUGCAUCGGUGCACGUGUUCCUCCGAGUGGACGGGCCCCUUGUGUCAAGACCCGACAGACCCCUGCACCUCCAGCCCCUGUGUCUACGGCCACUGCAUCAACCUAACUGGAGGGUAUAAGUGUGUGUGUGAGCAGGGGUACAGUGGUGAACAAUGUAACGUAGAAGUCAAUAUGUGUGAAAAGAGCAACUGCAGCCACGGCGCCACGUGCCUUAAAGGCUUCCACACCUACUCCUGUCUCUGCCCUCAAAAUAUGACCGGCCAGUACUGCGACGAGAAACUCCCUGAAAUCCCAUGGUACAUUGAGACCAAUCCACUCCCUCAGUUGCCUGUGUCUACAUGCACGGGUACAAGGUGGAACUACAGCUGCUUUAAUGGAGGAAACUGCUCCAAGGCUGAAGAUGCUUGUUACUGCCUGCCUGGUUUCACAGGACAGUGGUGUGAGAAGGAUGUGGAUGAAUGUGCUUCAGACCCGUGUAUGAACGGAGGCUUCUGUGUCAACUAUGUGAACAGCUUUGAGUGUGUGUGCGAUAUAAAUUACUCAGGGAUACACUGCCAAAUAGAUGUCAGCGACUUCUACUUGUAUCUCUUCUUGGGCCUGUGGCAGAACCUCUUCCAGCUCGUGUCCUACCUUGUGAUUCGCCUCGACGAUGAGCCGGAAAUUGAGUGGGGAUUCCAGAUCAAUGAUUAGGCCGUCUUUAUGACGAACAAAAUCGGACCUACAGUAGCUCGAUGUAGAGGGUCCCAGGAGUACCUGCAUUAAUCCACAUAACACCUGCAGGUUUUGCAUGAUCCAUGUUGCAGAUACACAGCUGUUGGUUUCAGUGUGCACUCCUAAACAUGACACUUUCAUGACCAUUUAAAGAUUUUAAUGACAAAGUUUUUUUUUAAUCUCAGCUUUACAGCAAGCUGUCAACACAAGGAGUGAGUCCUCAAGACCAGAAGAAAGGUGGAACGGUGGCAGUUUAUAUACAAUGUGUGUGUAAUUUAUUUCAUUUAGUAUGCUGACAGGGUCAGGGAUAGAGAUGUGUCUGUUGCGAACAGGUGUAUUUGGUUAUGUGGUAUUGAAUAUUAGCAUUGCACCAUGUUUAUGAGGGUAUAUGUAUCUGGUUCUCAUACUGAAAACCACACACUAGAGAGCUCUUUGUGUGCCUUAAAGAUCCACUUUCUGAUCUGUGACAGCUUUUCUAUCAGUGUUUUUUUUUUGUUCAGGGAUUCAUUUUCAUUCAGUUAUAAUCGAGUGGGUAUUGGUGAAAUUCCAAUAUAUGUAACUAGGACAUAUUUAUAAAUAUUUAUGUAAACUGAACUAAAAUAAGUUGCUCUGCACGCAGUGCAUACAGUACCUGUUAUUUAAAGUUGUUCUGUUAUAUAUACAGUGGUGGAUGUUCAUGUCAAAUAUGGAUAAAGACAAAUGAUGUUGUCAGCAAAUGUAAAACUGUCAAAACACCCACACUGAGUGUUUUCUACUCUUGGCACCGUGUGAUGUCAGAGAGUGGAUAUUCCUAAUAUGACCAUCAGGCACACAGCCCGCCCAAGAAUUGAACUGAUGGGCUGCAAAACUCCAAUAUAAUCUGCAUCAUACUGAACUAUGAAUAAUCCAAAUCUACUCUGGUAGAGUCCAAAAAACAGAGAUGGAAUGAGAUGGAAAAUGAGCAUUAAAGGUCAC